AUGGCUUAUGACGUUCACAAAACGUCAGACACAAAUGAGAAUUUACCUCCAUUGAUAAUAAUGCACUGCAUGCUCGGUAGUAAAGUUAAUUGGAAGAAACUUGGUAGUAUUCUAGCGCACAAAAGUAAUCGAAGGAUAUUCACGGUUGAUGCUAGAAAUCAUGGUAACUCUCCACAUACCUUAGAACAUAACUCCAUAUUAAUGGCGAGUGAUAUUUUGGAAUUUAUGCAAGCGCGUGGUUAUAACAAAGCAGCGGUUUUAGGUCAUGGCAUGGGUGGUCGUGCGACGAUGUAUUUGGCUUUGAACCAUCCCAAUUGGGUGGAACGUAUUGUUAUAUUAGAUGUAUCACCGGUAGGUCGUCCUCAGGAUCCCAUAACAUUGGAGCAGAUAUUUAUUUUGAUGAAAGGCAUUGAAAUACCGAAUAAUCUAACUUUACCCGAAGGCUUAGAUAUGAUGUCAAAGUUAUUUUCAAAGAUUAUGGACUACUCAGAAAAUGUUAACUUUAUACUAAAAAAUUUAAGAAAAAAGCCAAGCGGAGAAUUUUAUUGGAGUGUAAACGUUGACGCUUUAAUGGAAAAUCUGCGUACUUAUACUCAGCUCCGAGAUCAAAUUAUCCAAUUCCCGCCUUUCGAGGGACUUGCAUUAUUCGUUUGCGGCAAUCAAUCGAAUUUCGUAGAGCCCGAUACCUGGCCGGAUAUACAAAUAUUUUUCCCAAAUUCGCACAUAUGUUGGUUGGAUUCUAAACACUUAAUACAUAUGCAUAAGCCACUUGAGCUAAUUGAAUUGGUUACAGAAUUUCUCAAUAAAAAAGAAUAA